AUGAUGGGGGGUGUUGUUGGGAGGAGUGUUCCUGAAACUCCAGGCCUGAGUGGCCUUGACUUGAAGAAGCUUGAUGAAGUGCUUGGUGCUAUGGUGGACAAACUAAGGGCUGUGUGGACUUUGUUCAGAGCUCCAGAUUUUGACCAGUUCAGAAUCCUGAUGCCUUCUUCAAAAUGCAACCUUUGCUUACCCAAGUCGCAUGAGUCAAACCCCACUUGGCCCCAACAUGAUAAUCUCUGGAACAAUGGUUGA